GAUAGGAUCUCGAUGACGAAUGGUGCUACAGAGACCACCCCGGCGAGGAAAGCUCGUAAGACUGUACAUAUGUCAAGCGGAAAGCGUGUAUACCCUCUUAAAUUGCGACUGUAGAAGACUGUUCGUACAGAGAAAGGGAUGCGGACAACAGUGACGUUCUAUCACAACAUUCAUCCCGAGGUCAGAGCUGCAAGAUCUAAAAAUGCUCGCAAAGAGGCAGAACUUGACUUCACGAUGCAAGGUCAGACUUUGGAAUCUAUGUGCCGUCAAAGAGUUUCAUCACCAAAGAAGCAAACAGAGGAAGGUCGUAGUAUGAAUGAGUUCCGGGAUUCCAUCUUUCGGCGACCCGCUUACAGAAGUGCUUGUUCGCCGAUCAGAAUGGAGAGAAAGCCCAUUUCGAGGCACGUUCCGAGCAGAGGGAUAGGACUGAUAAAGCAAGAGCAGUACGAAUACACGUAGAUGUGGGGUUCAAGCGAGUCUAUCAAGUUAUUUGGCAAACAAGGUCAUGUCGCAAUACUCAAGAUUCAGAAGCGCGCCGGGGACUAUGGCAGCAGCAGGACUUGGACAGUCGAAGAAUUGAAGCAGACAAGCAAUGACACCGACUCGGCCAACAGCUUCCUUCAAAAGGAGAAUCGCUUCGAGGCCACUCAGGCGACGGUUAUUUCCUUAUGCGCUGUCCUAUUGAUCUUCCCCUCUCUUGAAAUUUGGAUGUUUUGGUCCGGAAGGCUGUUCGAGGAGCCUGUGCAAAGGAGAUACGGGCUUCAAAGUGCUGGACUGACAACGAGGGUCGUAACAACUGUGCAUCGCAGCAACAUUGAACCGAGGAGGUCGAGUGACGACCGAGGGGAAAGUGGCUUCGGCAUCGAAAUGGCUGGUCGUGGUUGCGCUGCGGGACGGCACGGUCGGAUCCAGUUCAUCCUGGGUACCUGAACGUUCCAGACAGCGUGGUCGUAACGCAGUGACUUCGAACGCGGCUACUUGUACUGACCGAGCUUGCACGGCGCUGCAACCAUGAACGUUGCUCCGCCCGAGGUUGCCACGUUGAUGCGCGUCCAAAGCGUGACCUGGAAAUGUAUACGGCGUGCUACCAUCUCUUACCAUGUUGAGCGUGC